AUGUCAGGGCUAGACGCGGAUCUGUUUCUACGAGACGAUCUACACAUUGGACUUGAGUGGAUCAUCUAUGUCCUCCUGUUUUGCUCUCUCCAGCAGGAAGCCAUGGACGCUGUUGCGAAGCGCUUCCACUGGCUCGAGAAGGUGGCCUCGGCCCCUGGUUCCACUCUACCGCCGUGGGCUCUUUCCGGUCUCAUGAGCCGUCUACAAAAGGAGCGUAUUCAGGGUCGUGUGGUCCUUUUCUUCGUCACCAACAUCAAACCGACGGAGGAGCGGUGGACUGUCGGAUCAACGUCAAUCAAGCACUCGGUGAUGAUAAUGGGACGUGUCGCACGAACGGGAGCUAGCUUCUAUGAUGUGGAGGAUUGCACAUAA